AUGGCAGCGGAUAUGGAACAGGCCUCGGAAAAGAUCGAGCCUUCUGCCCCAACAAAAAUCCCCUACUGGCGCUUGGUCUCGGAUCAGGGUGUCGUCACCCAAGAGAUUAUCGACCAUACCUACCCCGGCUCAGGAACGGAUGAGGAUCCUUUCGUAGUAACAUGGAUUCCCGAUGACCCUCGCAAUCCCAUGAAUUGGAGUGAGGCCAAGAAGUGGACGUUUACCCUGUUGGUUGCCAUCGCAACCUUGGCCGUUGCAUUGGUAUCAUCUGCCUACACCGGUGGUCUUCGAGAGAUCAUGGUGGAGUUCAAAAUCGGACAGGAAGUCGCCACUUUGGGUGUCUCGCUGUUUGUGCUCGGUUUCGCGAUUGGACCGUUGCUCUGGGCUCCACUGAGUGAGCUGUUUGGUCGCCAAAUUCUGUUCAUCACUACAUACGCUGCCCUCACAGCUUUCAAUGCUGGUGUUGCUGGCUCUCAAAAUGCCUGGACCCUAAUCAUCCUUCGAUUCUUUGCCGGUUCCUUCGGUUCCUCGCCUUUGACCAACGCUGGUGGUGUGAUUGCCGAUAUGUUCUCUGCGAAGCAACGAGGUAUCGCCACGAGUCUGUUUGCUGCCGCACCUUUCCUCGGCCCUAUUCUGGGCCCCAUCACUGGUGGAUUCAUCGGCAUGAGUGCUGGCGGCUGGCGAUGGGUCAUGGGUUACCUUGCUGCUUUCUCUGGAGCAGUUUGGAUCAUAGGCUCUCUGCUGAUUCCCGAGACCUAUGCGCCUGUGCUUCUCCGCCGCCGUGCGGAGAGAUUGUCGAAGUUGACGGGCAAGGUCUAUCGCAGUAAGAUUGAGGUCGACCAAGGCAAGGUCACCCUUAAGGAGUCGUUCAAGCUGUCUCUCUCUCGCCCUUGGAUCCUCCUAUUCCGCGAGCCUAUCGUCUUUUUGCUGUCUCUUUACAUGGCUAUCAUCUACGGUACCUUGUAUAUGAUGUUCGCUGCCUUCCCUAUUGUCUAUCAGCAGUCGCGUGGCUGGAACCAGGGUAUAGGCGGCCUCGCUUUCCUCGGUAUUAUGAUUGGCAUGAUAAUAGCUGUUGCCUAUUCUAUCUGGGAUAACAAGCGCUAUGUUAAGGUAUCCGAAAAACACCAGGGCUUCGCACCCCCGGAGGCACGUCUUCCACCAUGUCUCAUCGCAUCCGUUGCGGUCCCAAUUGGCCUGUUUUGGUUCGCAUGGACCAACUAUCCCUCCAUCCACUUCAUGGUCAGCAUCGCAGCCGGCGUUCCCUUCGGCUUUGGAAUGGUCCUCGUUUUCCUCAGCAUCCUGAACUAUCUUAUUGACGCCUACACCAUUUUCGCCGCCUCCGUUCUGGCUGCCAACUCCGUCAUCCGUUCCCUCUUCGGUGCCGUUUUCCCCCUCUUCACCACAUACAUGUACAAUGACCUUGGAAUUCACUGGGCUUCCUCGAUCCCGGCCUUCUUGGCUCUCGCCUGUGUCCCCUUCCCAUUCUUGUUCUACAAGUACGGGCCUGCGAUUCGCGCCCGCUGCAAGUUCGCCGCCCAGUCCGAGGCUUUCAUGCGCAAGAUCCAGGAGCAGUUUAGUACGGCGCCGGUGCCGGACGAGAAGGUGGAAUACGACCGCACUGAGGCUCCCGCGCCCGCCGGCUCGAUCUCUAGCGAAUCCGAGGAUGGCGUUGGUGAACCGCUCGCUGCCGAGCGUACUCGCAGCCGUAGGCAAUCUGUCGCUUCAAACCGCACUGGUGCCUCGCUAGCUCGCACGGUUACCUACGAGGGAAACCCCUACGAUGUUGACCGUGUUAAUACUCGUGAAUCUUUCAAGCCAUAG